AUGAAAAAGGAAGCAGAUGAAUUGAUUUCACCCCCAGGAAAUUCGCUGCAGUUCCUGUCCCCACCAGACACCCUCUUCUCCGCACAGCCACACCCUACCGCACCUCAUAUCUCACCUGCUUUCAUUCUGAAUUUAUUUAUUUAUUUAUUUAUUAUCGUUCGUUUCUUCUUACGCUAUACAAUCCUUCUCCAGACAUUUUUUUUUUCAUUCAACGUGUCUUCACUUUUUCGCUUUUUUUCCACCUUUUUUUCUCCAACUUCCUUCCGUGAUAAACACAUAGAUCAAAGAUGGUUGGACAUGGCUAGCUUCUCCAAACCGUUCUUUUUCUUCUUCACUUCUUUUGAAAUUCAACUUCUUUCGUCACGUUUUGGCUGCAGAUUUUUUUCUUCCAGAAUAGAUAAAAAUUUCUUUUUUUUUUCUUCGGCUUCCUUUUUUUUUCUCUUUUCGUUUUUCUUUACAUCUUUUCUUCCCCUUUUCACUUUUUUUCCUUUUCAUUUUCUUUUCUUCUUCUUCUUCUUCUUCCUUCCUUCCUUCCUUCCUCCUUCCUUCCUUCCUUCCUUCCUUCCUUCCUUCCACUUCCUUUUUAUUAUACGUUUUUUUCUUUCUUUAUUAUUGUCUUUUUCUUCUUUUUAUUCUUCUUUUCUUCUUCUUCUUCAUUCCUUUUUUCAUCCUUUCCUCUCUUCUUUCUCUCUUCCUUCCUUCUUCUUCCUUUACGUUUUUCUCUUUUUUAUUCAGUCUUCUUUCUUCUUUCAUUCCCUUUUCCUCUCCAUCUUAUUCCUUUUCCUUCUUCUUUUCCUUCCUUCUCCAUUCUUCCUUCCUUCCUUCUUCCUUCCUUCCGUCCUUCCUUUUUUUUUCUUUUUUUAUUCAGUCUUUUCUUUCUUCUUCUUCUUCUUCUUCUUCCGCUUCCCUUCCUUUCCUCUCGCCAUUCUUUCUUCCUUCCUUCCUUCUUCUUCCCGUCCUUCCUUUACGUCUUUUUCUUCUUUUUAUUCCUUUCUCCCUUCUUCUUCUUCUUCUUCCUUCUUUCCGCUUCUUUCAUCCUUUCCUCUCUCCAUUCCUUUCUCCCUUCCUUCCUUCUUCCUUCCUUCUUCCUUCCUUCCGUUCUUCCUUUACGUUUUUCUCUUUUUUAUUCAGUCUUCUUUUCUUCUUCAUUCCUUUUAUCCCUUCUCUUCUUCUUCUUCCGCUUCUUUUCCUUUCCUCUCUCCAUUCCUUUUCUCUUCCCUUCUUUCUUCCUUCUUCCUUCAUUCCGUUCUUCCUUUUACGUUUUUCUCUUUUUAUUCAGUCUUCUUUUCUUCUUCAUUCCUUUAUCCCUCUUCUUCUUCUUCUUCUUCUUCUUCUUCUUCUUCUUUCAUCUUCUUCCUUAUCCUUUCAUUCCUUCCUUUUCCUUCUCUCCUUUCCUUUUUUCUUCCUUUAUUCUUCUUCUUCCUUCCUUUCCCUUUUUCUUCUUCUUCCUUUUCUUCUUUUUUCUUCUUUUUUUUCAUCCUUUCAUUCUUUUCUUUUUCUUCAUUCCUUUUCUUCCCCUUCCUUCCUUCUUUUUUCUUUUUUAUUCAGUCUUUUUUUCUUCAUUCCUUUAUCCUUUCCUUCUCUUCUUCCUUUCUUUCAUCCUUUCCUCCUCCAUUCCUUUCUCCUUCCUUCCUUCCUUCUUCCUUCCUUCCUCUUCUUUUCUUCUUCAUUCCUUUAUCCCUCUUCUUCUUCUUCUUCUUCUUCUUCUUCUUCUUCCGCUUCUUUCAUCCUUUCCUCUCUCCAUUCCUUUCUCCCUUCCUUCCUUCUUCCUUCCUUCCUCUUCUUUUCUUCUUCAUUCCUUUAUCCCCUUCUUCUUCUUCUUCUUCUUCUUCCGCUUCUUUCAUCCUUUCCUCUCUCCAUUCCUUUCUCCCUUCCUUCCUUCUUCCUUCCUUCUUCUUCCUUCCUUUUUCCUUCCUUUACGUUUUUCUCUUUUUUAUUCAGUCUUCUUUUCUUCUUCAUUCCUUUUCCCUCUUCUUCUUCUUCUUGCGCUUCCUUCAUCCUUUCCUCCCUCCAUUCCUUUCUCCCUUCCUUUUUUCUUUCUUUCUUCCUUCCGUCCUUCCUUUACGUUUUUCCCUUUUUUUAUUCGGUCUUCCUUUCUUCUUCAUUCUUUUUCCCUCUUCCUUUUCUUCUUCUUCCUUCAUUCCUUCUUUUACCUUUUCCUUCCUUUACGUUUUUCUUCCUCUGUAUUCCCUUUUCAUUUCUUCUUUGUUCCUUUUCCCCUCUUCUUUUUAUUCUUUUUCCUUCAUUCUUUUCUUAUUUCCUUUCUUUUCCCUUCUUUAUUUUUCUUCUUCCUACCUUCCUUUCUUUUUUCCUUCUUUCCUUCCUUCAUUUACGUUUUUCUUCUUCCUUCCGUUUGCCCUCUUAUUUUUCUUCUUCUUCUUCUUCUUCUUCUUCUUCCUUCAUUCUUUUCAUUCGUUUCUUACUUUUUCUUCCAUUCUUUUAUUCUUUCCUUCGCGUUUUUCUUCUUCUUUAUCCCCUUUUCCUUUCUUCUUCCUUUCUUUUUCCCUCUUCUUCUUCAUCUUCUUCUUCUGUCCUUCCUUCCUUUACGUUUUUUCCUUUUAUUAUUCACUCUUCCUCUUCUUUUUCGUUUUUACUACUUCUUUCUUCUUUUCUUUCUCUUCUACACUUUUCUUUUUCUCUUUUCUUUUUUUCUUCGAUCAAUUUUAUACACUUCAUGUAAUUUUCUUCGUUGUCACCCCCACGUUUUUUUUUCUAUCUCGCACCAUUCAUCCUCGUCAUUUUCCGUACGAUUUCCUUGUUUGCUUCUCAAUUUUCUCACGUUGUCCCUUCCUUCCUUCUUUCUCUCUCUCUCUCUCUCUCUCUCUCUCUCUCUCUCUCUCUCUCUUUUACAUCCACCCCACACACACAAUCAACAAACCAUAUAUAGUUUUUUUUUUCCUAACUGUAUUUAUUCAUCGUGAUUUUUUUCUGUUGUUGCUUUUAUUUAAGGAUGUUUUUUUCUCUUCAAUCGUCUCCUCUUAUUGUCUUACCUUUUCCUUCGCCCACCUUUUCUCUCUCUUCUCCCUGCGUUACCCGUUACCUUUACCUCCCAUAUCUUCCACUGGACGUUCCCAAUAUUUAUUGCCCGCGAAGGCAUGCCACAGAUCAAUGCGCACGCUCACCAAGGAAAAAGACUCACGCAAACCUGAACACGCGUUUUCGCCACCGUCAUCACGCAGUUCGCCAUGGCUCUUGCAAUUUCCAGAAAUAAUUUCCCAAGAUGCAUUGCAAACAAAUAAACACGUUCAGUAA